UCGCCCUGCCUUCCUCCCCGCUCCCUCUCCGCAGCCAUGCCCAAGGUGGUCUCCCGCUCGGUGGUGUGCUCGGACACGCGCGACAGAGAGGAGUACGACGACGGGGAGAAGCCCCUCCACGUCUACUACUGCCUCUGCGGGCAGAUGGUCCUCGUCCUGGACUGCCAGCUGGAGAAGCUGCCCAUGCGCCCCAGGGACCGGUCCCGGGUGAUCGAUGCCGCCAAACACGCUCACAAGUUCUGCAACACCGAGGAAGAGGAGAACGUUUACCUGCGCAGGCCAGAAGGUAUUGAGCGGCAAUACAGGAAAAAGUGUGGAAAGUGCGGACUGCUCCUGUUCUACCAGCACCAGCAGAAGAAUGCUCCGGUCACCUUCAUUGUGGAUGGGGCUGUGGUCAAGUUUGGGCAAGGCUUCGGCAAAACCAACAUCUACACCCAGAAGCAAGAGCCCCCCAAGAAGGUGAUGAUGACGAAACGAACCAAGGAUAUGGGCAAGUUCAGCUCAGUGACUGUUUCCACGAUUGACGAGGAAGAGGAAGAGAUCGAAGCGCGAGAAAUUGCAGACUCGUAUGCGCAGAACGCCAAAGUGAUUGAGAAGCAGCUCGAGCGGAAGGGCAUGAGCAAAAGGCGGCUGCAGGAGCUGGCUGAGCUGGAAGCAAAGAAGGCCAAAAUGAAAGGCACCCUGAUCGACAACCAGUUCAAAUGAGAAGCGGAGUCACUCCUAUUUGAAAGUGUUGUGAUUGUACAUGGAUAUGCCUUUCAACAUCCGGGCGCAUCCACUGCAAGGCGAUUGCCUGACAGAGUUUGUAUUUUAUCUAUGCAGACUUGUUUGAGUCUUAAGAAAUAGGGCUUCCUUUAUUUCCUUGGGUCGGUUGGGCUGCGUUCCUUUUUUGUAUAUUUUCGUGUAAACAUAACAUUUGUCUUGCUAGGAGGGAAACAAAAGUUUGCAGAAAAAUAAAUAAAUCCCUGUUAAAGGUU